CUGAUGUUUUAUGAUUAAUUUCUCGGGUUUCAUUUUUGAAAAUUAGGGUUUAGUAAUUUGGGAUUCUAGAAAUUGCGGAUUUUUGAGUUUUUCUUUUUUCAGUAUUUAGGUGUUCUAGAAAUUGAGGUCUUAAAUUGAUUGUAAAGUGAAUGUUAGUUUUCUUGUAGGCCUGAAUUGUUGUGGCCCUCUUUAAGAACUUCAGUAAGACAUUGUGAUAUACGUUCUUUAGAGUCACUUGGGAAUGUUUAUAUGUUUUUGUGUGAGAGAGGUGAAAUUAGUGUUUUUGUUUUUUGGGUGAUAAAUAUCAGUUCAAACAUCUGCUUCAUUAUCAGCACAUGAUGCCUGGCAGUACCAGCCAAAGUUCCUUCAUGGUUCCAACCAUUUGCAAAAGCGCAGCUUUACCUUCUCUCGGAUAUGCUUGCUUUCUGUUUCUCUGGCAUUCUGAACUGUUUGCCCCGUCAUAUAUGAUCAUUUAUACUUUUGUACAGAAUAAUGAGUUCUUGGCAUCUCUACCAAAGGACUAAUCAGUGCUCCAAAUGGUGUAUAGCAUCUCUACAAGUUGGCUAUGUGGUUCAUAAAUAAUAAUCAUAGUUGCUAUUAUGUCAGAGACUUCUGUGAGUUGGGUUGCUUCAGCUGACUUGAAUAAAGCAGGACCAGAUUAUUUUUCUUUCUACACUGGUGAAGUGAAAAGCUUGCUCUCACAAGAUGAGGAUUUUCUGCCUUUCGCUGCUGAAUUAUCUGGAAAUAAAUGUGGGGAAGGGGAAGUCAGGGGUAAUGUUAUAGUUGAGCCUUCUUCUGGUUCUUUUCUCAGUAGUGUAGGAGCUGGGCUUUCAGAUCACAAAAAAGAAAGAUUGAAAUCACUUCUUCUACAGGCUCUGGCAGUUCUUACACCUGAAGCGGAUGAGAUGCUUGAUCCUGUUCUAGCUAUGUGUCAACUACAGUCACAGGUCAGAAGCAGAAAGAUGGGCGCAACAUCUGAGUGUGAGAUUGGGCAAAACAAGAAGAGAAGCAAGAUGUCAUCUUCCUCAUCAACUAGCUUCUCUAAACCUGCUAGCCCUGUUAGUUCUGAAUCAUGCAGAGAGGUGGAUGAUGAUCUUCAUUUCUUACUACAGAGUGAUGCCUCACUGGUUGAGGAGACAAUCAGGAAAUAUUCUGAUCAACUGUUUGCAACACUCAGUUGCAUGGAGAAGCAGCUUGAAGAACUUCUUGAUAAUGUGGUGUCUACAUGCAGGCCCAUGACCCUUAUAGAGAAGAAGCAUCUCCAGAAACUGAUUCAGAAGCUACCCCCAAAAAAUCUCAACCGGGUGGUUGAAAUUGUCCAACACAGCAAGCCUGAAGCACAGUCCUGUGAAGAAAUUUUUAUUGAUUUGGAGCUAGAGGAUAAUAUAAUGCUCUGGAGGUUGUAUUACUAUAUUGAAGCGGUCGAGAAAGCAAAAAAGCUCUCAUUAUAACUCAAUUUGGAAUAUCAGCUUGCUAUCAUUCACAACUCCAGCGCAUAGUACGCUAUCAGGCCAUGAUACUGCUCUCAAGGGUUUUUCAAAUGGCAGUCAGUGCUUAUCCAGAACUAUUCAGGAGUCGCUGCAGAAGCUUUUCUUUUUGUGAGUUCUGCAUCCUGACCCUGUCUUGUACCAAAUGUGCAGAUUUUCAUUUAGAUCUGAUUGGUGAGCAUGAGGCCAAGAAGUAAACUCUAUUGGUGAGCAUGAGGCCAAGAAGUAAACUCUAUCUUAAGUACCUCCAUAAUUCACAAUGAAGCAGUUCCCAAAUAAUUCUUUAAUUGGUUUUGGUGCUGCCUGUUAACAGUAUAGCGACCUUGCCUUGUUUUAGGUACACUGCACAUAAUAGUAGGGUUUUUCUUCUUUCUUCUACUUUUUUGGCCAUGACGUUUUUCAUUCUUAUUGUGUGUACGCACAUGAAAUUCCAGUGUACAUCUGAUUAAAAGAAAAUACCUUGUUGCUCUUGAAAUAUCAUGUAAUAAUACCUAUUGUUAGCAAUACACCCAAAUAAUAUGAUUAGUACGAAUUCCUUCA